CGAACGGGGUAUGCGCAUGCAGCAUGCCAAGGAUCAAUAUCGCUAUCUAUGCUUCCUUAUAGUUCCCCCCGCAUCUUUUUCUCCUACAUCGUAUGUCCUGCAAACGCGGUCCGACCGCUGGAAACCAAAUCUUCUUUGAGCAGACUCACUCUUUCUUCCUGCAUGAAGCAAAAACAGAAAUUAUAGCUGUCCUUCUAACUUUACAUCUGUUGUGCGAUUCAUCAGCGACCGAUCAAUAUUCCACCAUUUUCAACAAAAAAACGUAAGCGACGCCUUCCUAAGAUUAUCCCACUUUUCUAGUAUUUCUCAAGUAAAAGCGACAUCAAGUUAGUAGUGAGAACAAGUCGGCCGAAAGCGCUUUUCGUUUCAGCAGUACCCGCUUAAUACUGCCACCGUAGUCAACACGGUUCGUCAUCACUACAGCGAAGAUUAGUACUAGAAUAGUUUAAACCUGUACCAGUAUCAGCAAAAUGUCGGCCUUCGAGACGGUGUUCGGACUGAAGGGCAAGGGAUUCGCGAUUGUGUGCGCAGACUCCCAGAUGCAGGCCCAUUAUCCAGAAGAAAAAAGAACUGCAUCACACCACGUCGUCUGAUUUUACAAGUUUUCUUUUUCGAUUUUCAUGUGCAAAGAAGAGAAGAUUGAUUGUCGAUCCUAUCCGAAAAAUAAGGAUUGGAAUCUCAAUUUGCAGCCUAAAUUGUGCGACAACGAACAGUGGUGGGAAAAAUGGUGCACUUCUCCCAUUUCCAUACUCGCCAGAUUAUUGCGAUUAAGACGGAUGAGGACAAGAUUAUGGAGGUAGAAAACAAGCUCUUCGGCUGCAACGGCCCCUCCGCGGAUCGAACCAGCUUUAUGGACUACAUUUCCAAAAACAUCACCCUCUACAGGCUCCGAAAUCAGGUCGGGCUCUCCACAAAGGUAAGGUCUUCCCAAUGCAUGAGCAGAUCGAAGUCGAAGAUCGUUGUUCUUUCACUUCCUGGGUAAUCAUCAAGGAAAUAUCUGAGUGAUUUUUCAGGGUGUCAGCCGAAAAUCAAAAUUCGGCUGGACAUAAUAAAUUGUAGUCAGUGAUGAACAAGUAAGUCUGCAUGCAGAGAGCCAAAGCGUUGGUCAUUCAUUCUCGUUGGAGAUCAUUUUUCCUCGACAAGAUAUGAACAAUCUUGCAGGCGGCAGCGACUUUCACGCGCAACGAGUUAGCGACGGCAUUGCGAAAAGGACCCUACCAGUGCGACUUGGUGGUGGCCGGUUACGACGAGGAAAACCAGGACGCGGAGCUGUACUUUAUGGACUCGUACGCCUCAUGUGCAAAGGUAUUGACAGUUUUUCCGCGUCGAUACGUGACUCCUUCUCUGCUCGUCCCACUCUCGCGGUUACACUUUAUAAUUUCUACUUCGCGCAACUAGCUUCUGCGCAGCGUAUUUCCCACAAGGAACGCAAAAGAAAAUCCGCGCCAAAUACUGCCCCACCUGAUUUUGAGUCUCGCACCACGCUGUGCAGCAUAAAGGAGAGCAUAUGAUUUAUUUUUGAUUUUUGUCGCAUCCCCAGGUUAACAAAGCUGCUCACAGCUACGCCGGCAACUUCGUCCACGGGAUUCUGGACAAAGAGUGGAAAGAGGGGCUGCUAUCACAGCAACAAAAUCUCGGGUCAUUGUCAGAAAGUGCGAGUCGAAUAACCUGCAUAUUCCAUAGUUCGUUGUAGUUUUUCAUGCAUGAAGAUGAAGCGGUCCUGCACCUGGUCGUUCUGAAAAGACUUUUUUUGCAUCGCCAGUGUUUGUACCUGUAACUUCAAAGCCAAGUCAAGCCGAGAGCCAAGGACUUGCGUGCGAGUGUAAAAUAUGACAUGACUAUUAUAGACAAGAAACAAGCAACUUCUCACGUUUGCUGUGGGUCUGCACGAAACCAGGAUCCGUGGAGUAGUAAAGACCGCAGAGAAGGUCUGACAAGCACACAGGUUUGGCUUGACUCGAAAUUUUGGCAGUACAGCUGACAGAAAAAGAGGGAUUGACGAUCAUCAAAAAAUGCAUCACGGAGAUCCGGACACGCUUUGCCUUGGGUCGCCUGGACGCGUUCAUCAUAAAGAUAGUGGACAAGAACGGAGUCAGACACAUCAAGCAGAAGGACUUGUAACGAGUAUACAUUGAUGAUCCGGUGGAGGACGACCUGCGCCCAGCGGUUCUAAUCGCUUGAGAUGGACUUCAUCAUCUGACGCAAGAAAACAAUAAAACUCUCAUGCCAGUUUACUAUCGCAAACGCAAUGAUCAGGCAUGAGACCACGAGCGCCGACAAGAAGGACUACUAUACAUAGUCUACAUGAAGAUUCCUCAGUUGAGUCGAAUUCUCAUCGAAUCAUGCGGCUGGGCUACGAGGAUUGUUCGAAAUCGAAAAUACUCUACUAAGGAGGUACCCAACAGACGACUUUUUGAAUCUAGUAGUUGAAAUACGCGCAACCAUCGUUGCGAACAACUGAACAAGUAGCCUUGUGAAGACCACUACGACCUGCUCCUGUCUGCUGUUCAUGCGUCCAUUGCCAUGUGCCGGCUUCUUUUUACGUAGCUGAUGGUCUGCUGCAGCAGGCGCAUUUAUUGUCGUCUUUUGAAGUACUUGUGCUCGUGAUAGGAAUACCUAGAAUGAGAGAGCGUUUGUCUCUGAUUUGUCCAAAAAGGCCCUAGCGCAUCGCAUUCGUUUUCCUUUUGGACAAAAGGAAACCCG